AUGGGAUCAAGUGCAUCCUUGAUGGGCCUAGCCCCAGUCACCUCCCCUUCCGGCCCACGCGGACUAAGCGAGUCUACCAGUCCCAAGCUGAUGAGCAUCAAAGAUGUCCACGCCGAGAAGCCUCAUCGGCAGUUCAACUCCGAUGGCAGUAUUCAACUCCUUCCUGAAUUCUGCCAGAUCAACAUCUACGCUCCUGACCCCACUCCAGAGGCAGAGCAUAUGGAGUUUCCACCUUUUGAGAUGCCACAGCCAAUUUGGGAACCGGUGCUUAUACCAAGCCAGCUUGUGGGCAAGGUCAAGACCGAUCUUGCGUCGUCCAGGAGUUCCGGAUAUAGACUGGUUGUUGAGAAGCUUGGUCCUGGGCCUGAGCCCGAACCUGAACUCGAGCCCGAGUCUACGGCUCAGUCGUCUUCUCUCUCGCCUUCGGGCCCUUCGAGUCUUGCCUCCGCCCUUUCGACGGUCAGCUGUUCCCAGCAGCAGCAGUCUUUACACGGACCCGAUGAGCAGCAACAUGGUGACCAGCCCCAACCAGAGGAAUCACCAACAGGGUCAAAUCCCAUCCCGACCUUCGCCAAACUAGUCAUCGACCCACCCGGCCCCUGCCCCGGUCAAGACGUCCACAUUCGACCAAAGGUGACAUUCCCAUUCUACGAUCUCGUCACCGACGACGAAGUAAUUGUCUCUUCCGUCGACGUCGAAUUCCUCGAGACGGCAACCGAUCAAAUAGACCGUCUCCGCAUCCUCAUCGAGCUUCUCGAAAAGUGGGGCGCCGCGCACGCCCUCCGACUCAGCACAUUCCGAGUCCAAGCCCAGUCGUGGCGUCGAGAUCGUCGACUCUGGGAACUGCAGAUGUUGCAGGAAGUCGUUUCCACGCGGAACCUGCACAUGCUGCACCCGGGGUUCACUUUCCAGUCGUUAGUGGCUGCGUCCCGCUUUGCCGAGCAGGAGACUCGCAAUGACCGACGGGGUGCGGUUGAACCAUGGCUACUUGUCAUGGAUGAGAUGGAAUGGAAUGGCCUGCAGGCCCACACGCUGCGGAUUCGAAAGACCGCUGACACGGUCAAGAAGGGAAUCUAUGAUUUGCUCUCGGAGGAUGACAAGCUCCUGGCGAAAAACCGGGUGCUCGUGAAGGAGGUGCGGCUGCUGGAGAUGGAGAAGUGGCGAGCGUCCUUCUCGCGGACACUAUCGCUGUCGAUACCACCUUUUGCCCAUCAUGCUAAGAAAGGUGAUAUUGAGCUGGGGUAG